AUGCCCGGCGCUCCCUCUCCCAUCGCGAUUGUGCCGGAAGAGGCAGAUUGUAUUCUGCAUGAGAAUCCUCUUAAACAUCGGCGUGGAAAUAAUGCAACACGGCGGCGACACACUCCAUGGACAGCGCCACAGUUGAGUCAACAUGAUUGUCAUUACCACCAACAUCACCAGCAGCAGCAGCAAAAUGAACAUUUAUUGGCGCAUACAAGACCUUCAAAUGCGCAGUCUGCGCCUUUGUUGCGGCCUCACAUCCACUCUAUGCUGUAUCAUUGCAUUAUUGGGCACGCGGCGGAACCUUCCUCGUCGCAAGAGCAUAGGAAGAAAGUGGUACCUGUAGGUAAUUCCCUCCCUUUUCCGGCAACGUCCUUGCAUACUCCAAACCAUCCACACCAUCAGUUAAAGUCUAAUACCACCUGUAACAUCCGUGCCCCCGUGUUUUCGAAUCUGAAAUCCUCAACUUUGUCUGAGGAGGCAGGGGUGACGCCAACGCAAGUGGCCGUGAUAACCCCUUCGCCGUAUUCGGAAAACGCUUCGCUUGGUAAUGGCUCUGGCUCUCCGGCCACCACACGGGGGUGCCAAACGACUGGGACAAAAAGACCAUUUUACAACUCCCCCAUGGUCUAUUCGCCAGACGUCAGUCCUUCCAAAGGCGACGGGCACUCUUCCACGGAACUCGUGGGUCGUGCGUUAGAGGAUGAGUUAAAAGCAGCUGAGAAGGACGAAUUACUGCAGGUGCUACUCGAGCUGAGCAGCUGCAGCGAAGAGGCGGCUCGCUUCAUUCAAAGCAAGGCCAUUCUUUUUUCUCUUCGGCGCGCCACCAUGUUAGGAAGGAGGCGGGACGAGAGUACUGACAGCACUCGUGGGGGUGAACUUGUGGCGCCAACGACAAACAACGCCGCAUCCAGUCCGGGAAAAACUCCUGAGCGGAAACCACAUACCGUCAGUUUUGGUAUUCUCGACCGAUGCUGUGACUCUACACACGUCACGCCCAGCAAACUACUGGCGUUUGAGGAAUCCACAUCUUUGUCCAACAGCUGUGAAAAGUUUGCUUUUGCUGGGGGUGCGUCGCCAGCAAAUUUGUCCCCGCGCAAUAAAAAUUCGAUGCAGAUGCAUCUAUUAACUUCAUCCGAUAGAACUGCUGCUCGGGGGUGUGAAGAAGAGAAGUGCACCUCCAUCAAGGCCGCCCUCGCGGGCAUACACGUGAAGGCGGAAGAUCGCCCGUGGUGCGACGAGGUUCAUCCAUGUUUGAAAUGGUACAGAUCCUGCCGGCACCCGACAAGUUGCCCGUUCGCUUCAAGCCCGCGGAAUCUCUGCUUGAACUGGGUCCGUGCCUCGUGCAUGAUGGGACAAGAGUGCAGCGGCGUCCACCGGCUGCCUGAUGCAUGCUCCUCCGAGGUGCUAACAGUAUUUGCGCUUUGCCAUGGCGCCGACCGUGCUGCUGUGGCGCACCAAAAAUUGCAACUGCAGCUACUCCAGCAUCCGAACCAGACGCUGCAGCAUCCCUCUUAUUGUCGUAAGCAGCAAUUGCUCUAUGCCGACUCCAAGUCGCAAGGGUGUGAAGGCCUCAAUACGCCGAUUGGACAAAUCAUUUCUGACUUUGCAGGUAUACCAGCGAGUCUGGAGCAUUACUAUCAUGAGUUGCGUCACGUUCCUCAAGCGACUGCGUCGCCAAGCCAACAAAAGCGUAACGAUGAUGGCCACUGCCACUGCCUAAGCUGCCGUACACCAAGUGAUAAAUUUGAGUUGCUGGCGCAAACUCAUGAGGACCAUGCGUGGAGGCAACUGCAACACUUACCACCAACCGCAACCCGACCCGUAUCACGCUGUUUAAAUGAGAGCUUUACAGCUGCAGAAUGCUUAGAGAGCACGAUAGCAGGUGGGGUAACGGAAAGGUCAUCUUGGGCAGAGCCCGCCAGCCUUUUGACACGCCCACUUGCUGCUAAAUGUGGAGCCGAGUAUGAAGAAGAGGUCACGGAGUUAUUCCCCCCUCAGAACACGUACACACGCACGCAGUCCCCUGUGACACUAUAG